CUCUGCCAUAAAAGCUCCUCGCCUUCUCUGCCACGAUGGCCAGCUUCUCGGCGCAGCGCAUCGUCUUGACUGCAGCUCUGCACCCAGCCCAUGAGGAGGAGGGAGAGCUUGAAAGAGACAGAGUGAGAGAGAGUGAGAGAGAGAGGCGAGUGUUGUAUGUGUUUUUCUAUUCCUCACGAACUAGUUAUUGCACUCGGUUGAGUGUACUUGGCCUAAAACUUGACUGAAUUGUCGCUGGUUUCGAGACCAUGCAUUACUCUCGCGGUAUCCGAAGCUGAGGAUGAUUCUGGUUACUCUGCAUGUAUGUGUGUGUGUGCGUUCGGGUGUGAGAGGGGUGAGUUAUAAGUGUCAACAAACUUCAAUUCGGAAGUUGGCACUGCAGGUUCAUUUUCGACUGUGGUGGAAUAGAAUUUGUAAAUAGCCAGGGACUUCUCGAUAGCUGGACGAUGUGAUAGGUGUUGAUGCGAUAUAACGGUGUGAUCGAACUUCGCAUCGUUAAUUGGCCACAAGUGCCCUUGAUCACUGUGAUAGUUCCCGAACUGUAAAGCACUACUUUCUGUAAAACCAGUUGGAUUGAUACGUGCCCAGUGAAUGCAGUUGGUCUUUGCAGCGCAUGCAAUGCGUUGAGUGGGAAUUCCAUUAACAGCCACUUCUUCUUCUUCUUCUUCUUCUUCGAUCUUCUUGGAUCUUCUUCAUCAUCAUCUUCUAUUACUCCUCUCGGCUGGGGAUUCUUGUAUAUUCCAUGGCCGUUUGUUCACAGGACAAUCACACACUAGAUCGUAUGAAAAAUCCGUCCUUGAAAUUGUCAAUUCUGCACGCAGCACAAAUGAAUCAGUCAUGCUAAAAGGCUGGUCCCUUGUCAAUUACUAAGCUCGAAUCUCGGCCAUCGACCAAGAGUUUCAGGUGACCAACUCCUUGGGUGCAGUCACUGGAGGCAAUGGCGUUCUCCGGGGCAGAUGCAGAUGAAGUUGCGGUAACCACCGCAGAGCAGCCACCUUUUUUCCGGGUCGCAUCCUCAACCGAGACGGCUCACGAUCAGGAAGCUGCCCGCAGUAGCGACAUAAUACCCCUCUCCAAAGAAACAUUUCACCGCGUGGGCGAAGACACUUGGUACGAAGUGGGAUUCCACAUCAUUGCUGCGCUAAACACAGCGUUCAUCCUUGGUUACCCGGCGCUGAUUAUGGGAAUUCUGGGCUGGAUUGCUGGACCCAUCUGUCUAGUCGGAGGCGCUGUGAUCUCAUUCUACAACAACUAUCUGUUAGGUGGCCUGCACGAGACUGGCGGCAAGCGCCAUGUCCGAUACCGAGAUCUCGCAGGCUACAUCUAUGGGCCCACCAUGUACAAACUUACAUGGGUAGCGCAGUUUUUGUGUCUCAUCGUCAUCAACAUCGGAACGAUCAUUCUGGCCGGGCUAUCUCUGAAGAGCAUGGCCAGAGCAUUCUCAGACGGCUCGGAAAUAGUGAAGCUGCCAGGUUGGAUUGCAGUCACAGGCGCUGUGGUUUGCAUUUUCGCGCUGAUGGUCCCAACCUUGCACGCGCUGCGGUUCUUUUCCACCUGCUCCUUGCUCUUGAGCAGCAUCUACACGUUCAUAGCCAUUGUCGUCGCCUUUAAGGAUGGAUUGAAGGCUGAAGGUCCUCGAGACUACUCUCUGAGGGGGAACGUCACUGACAGGACUUUCAACGCAAUCGGGGCGCUGGCAACUAUCGCCUUCGCAUUCAACACUGGAAUCCUUCCGGAGAUGCAGGCAACAGUGCGGCAGCCAACAACGAGGAACAUACGAAAAGCUUUGGGAUUGCAGUUCACUGUGGGCACUUUCCCAAUCCUUGUGCUCACUUUUGUUGGGUACUGGGCUUAUGGCAACACAGUCUCGGUGUACAUGUUCAGCUCCGUGUCCAGGCCCAGAUCCACUGCAGUCACUGUCGCGAAUGCAGUCGCUUUCCUUCAAGCUAUAAUAAGUCUUCAUGUUUAUGCCAGUCCAAUCUAUGAGUUCAUGGACACGCAGUUUGCAAGGAAGGGGGAUCAUGAGUGGUCGCGUCACAGCGUGCUUGUGCGCUUCUUCACUCGCACCGCAUACAUUGGAAUAAGCACUUUCUUGGGGGCCUUGCUGCCCCUUUUUGGCGACUUCAUCGCUCUUACUGGAGCACUCGUGGCGUUCCCUCUUGAAUGGGGCUUGAUACACCACAUGUAUUUGAAGGUUAAGGGCAAAGAAUUCGGGAAGGGCCGACUAUUAUGGCAUUGGAGCAUGAUUGUGAUUGCAGUCGUCCUGACCUUCACAACCGCCACAGCUGGUUUGAGAUUCAUCAUCUCCGACUCAAUUCUUUAUCAUGAAUUUGCCGACUUGUGAAACACGUUACGGUUAUUUCGAGCACUUAUAGGUUUAUUCUAAUGUCAUUAAUGCUUAACAUAUAACCCUUACUUAGGGUAACAAGUUGGGAGCACCCAAUUGGUUUGAACCAUCAAGGUUCAACCCUUACAGAUCAAAACAUUUGUAACCAGAGUGUUAACAAUUCCUGUAUAAAUAAAGUGGUCGUACAUUGUACAA